AGUAACACACUCCUCAGCAAAUGCAGAAGAACUGAAAUCAUAACAGUCUCUCAGACAAUAGCACAAUCAAAUUGAACUUGAGAUUAAGAAAUUCACCCAGGUAUUUGGAAACACAGAGUGAGAACUUUUCCCGUGUUGCAGGCUAACAAUGGACACUCAGAAGGACGUUCAACCUCCAAAGCAGCAACCAAUGAUAUACAUCUGUGGAGAAUGUCACACAGAAAAUGAAAUAAAAUCUAGGGAUCCAAUCAAUUGCAGAGAAUGUGGAUUCAGAAUAAUGUACAAGAAAAGGACUAAAAGAUUGGUUGUUUUUGAUGCUUGAUGAAACCUAGGAAUUCAGAGGAAUGUCUUCACUUAUACUCAGAUUUGCUCUCUCAAUGUUUCUAAUUGUUGCAUAGCUUUCGAUUUUGCAUACAGUAGUUCCUCCUUAUCUUCAGGGGAUGCAUCCCAAGGCCCCAAGUGGACUCCUAAAACCUCAGAUAGUACCAAACCUUUAUACACCGUUUUUUUUCUAUAUAUACAUACUGAUGAUAAAGUGUAAUGUAUAAAUUAAGCAUAGCAAGAGAUUAAUAAAAUAGAACAAUAACUUUUAAAAAAAGAAAUUCACCCAAAAAAUUAAAAAUGAAAUUAACAUAAGACCACACAACUAUGUGGAAAUUGAAUAACAUGCUUCUGAAUGACUUCUGGGUAAAUAAUGAAAUUAAGAAAGAAAUCAAAUUAUUUAAAACUAAUGAGACUAAAGACACAACGUACCAGAAUCUCUGGGAUGCAGUUAAAGAAGCGUAAGAUGGAAAUUUAUAGUACUAAAUGCCUACAUCAAAAAGCUGGAAAUAUCUCAAGUUAACAAUCUAAUAUCACAACUAAAAUAAGAACAAAAAGCAAACCCCAAAGCUAGGAGAAUACAGGAAAUAAGAUCAGAACAGAACUGAGGGAGAUAGAAACACAAAAAAAUCUUUCAAAAAAUUAACAAAUCCAGGAGCUGGUUUUUUGGGGGAAAAAAUUAGUAAGACUGCUAGCUAGACUAAUAAAGUAGAAAAGAGAGAAGAAUCCAACACAAUCAAAUGAUAAGGGGUAUGUCACCACUGACCCCUCAGAUAUGCAAGCGACCAUCAGAGAAUACUAUAAACACCUCUCUGCACAUAAACUAGAAAAUCUUGAAGAAAUGAAUAAAUUUCUGGACCCAUGGUGCUACCAAGGCUGAAUCUGAAAGAAACGCCUGUGGAAGUUUAGUUGCCGCUUGGAUGCGCAGGAAAUUUGGCUCCCGCAGGCGUUUCCGCGAGUACGUUGGGAGGCCUUCGAAUUUUGGCUCAGGCAGGGGGACCUGUGAAUUCUGGGAAGUGGAGUCCAUUUGCUCUGUGGAGUCGUGGGAACUUUGGCUCAGGCAGGCGGAUUCGGAGGAUUCUGGGAAGUGUAGUCCAGACGCUCUGUGGCAUGCAGACACUUCCGGUCUCCGAGCAGGACGUUGCUACUUUGCUUACCAAGGUGGUUUGAGCCAACUCUGUGCCUUGACGGUCUUUGCGAAAGUGAACCGGUUGUUAGGGGCCCCUAACGACCUGGCGGUCAAUUAAGAGGGUAAGAAGCCCUGGCGAAGACCUGAGACAGUGGCAUGUGUCAGGCAGGAUUCCUCCUUCCUUCAAACUGCAUCACUCAGGAGUCUGCAAAUUCCCCAACAUAGGA